AUGAUGGAGAUAGGAAGUAGAUUAGAUAGUAUUAAUGAUAAACCAGAUAUUGAUAAUAUAAGUUAUAUGAAUCACGAUAAAAAGUCUGAUAAAGAUAAAAACUUUAAUAAUAGAAAUGACAAUAAUAAUUAUUUUAGACCUGAUAAUAAUUUUAGAAAUAAUUAUGAUAAUAGAGAUAAUAAUUAUAAUAGGAAUAGAAAUAGGAAUAGGAAUUACGACAAUAAUAAUAAUUUUAGAUAUUAUGAUAGGAAUCACGGUAAUAAUAAUUCGAGAUACCACGAUAAUUAUAAUAACUAUAACUACAACAACUAUCGCUACAACAAUAAUAAUCAAUCUAAUUAUGGUAAUAACCAAAGAAAACAGAUCCAAUAUAGUAAAAAAAAUCGUAAUAAUUACCAAUCCUAUAACAACAAUUCAAAUAAUUAUAGAGGUAGCGACAACAAGAAAGUCGACUCUACAAAGAACAAAUAUGAUAACGAUUUUAAUAUAAACAACUUAUCUGGGGACAUGCUUAAUAAUAAAGAUAAGGCAUUUAUGACUACUUUAAAAGUGAACGAUAUUAUUACAACUAUGCAAGUUGACACAGGAUCCAAACAUACAAUCAUACCUCAUGGUUUAGCUGAAAAACUUGGUAUUAGAGAUGUUAAAAAAUCCGAGUUACAACUUACCGCAUAUGGCGGAAAUUUAAAUAAGAUCAUCGGUAUUACACAAGUUAAAGUGACUUAUGAAGGUAUCUCAAAAUAUCUACAAGCGGUAGACAUUGAGUCUAGGAAAAAUGCCUUGUUGGGACGGUGCGAAUCCAAAUUGGCUAACGGGCCAAUCAACAAAGCAAGUGUCAAGUUACAUUUAAAAAGAGAUGCCCAACCUAAAAUUAUACCACCUAGACGUAUUCCUUAUUCAAAAAUUGAUCUUGUGAGCAAUGAACUUAAAAAAUGGAUACAUGAUAAAAUUAUUGAGCCGGUGAAUGAUGUUCGAUGGGCAAGUCCUAUUACCGCCUUCUACAAAGAUAAUGGGAGCAUUAGGCUUUGUGCUGAUUUUAAGGACACCUUAAACCCAGCUCUAGAAGAUUUCAGAUACCCACUACCACGAAUCAAUGAUCUAAUAGCUAAACUUCACUUUAUAUUUUUAAUUCACAUUUAUUUUUUUUAUGUGCCGUCACUGAUGGAGAAGAUAGAUGUGAAGCCAUGCUCUUCAUUGCUUAGAUUACAGAUUAAUUUUUCAGUUAAUUCAGCAGUAAAUGAAUUGAGUCUUAUCAGAUUACAUUACAAUUUAUCAACUAAAUGUAAUGAUAAUUUUUUAGUUGGGGAGGAAGACCUUAUUUCUCAAAGGUUGUUAAAAUCAUUUCAGGGGCAUCUUUUAGAAGACGCCUAG